AUGUAUUCAAAUCCAUUAGCAAUUGGUGCUGUUAUUGGUGGUGCUGUUGGUGGUGUAUCCGGUGGUUUUGCAAAAUUUAUUACAGAUGAUAAAGCUGCUGGUCAGUUAGCAGGUGGAAUUGUUGGCGCUUUGGCUGGAGGAAUGGCAGGAGGUUGUUUUGGUGCUACAACAGUUAUGGCACUUAGUACAGGUUUAAGAGCAAUCGGUGGCGGAUCCGCUGGAACAAUAGCUGGAUCAAUUUCAGGAUAUCAUACAGCAUCAUUAUCUUAUAGAGAUAAUCAUUGA